CAUCAGCGAUUAGUCGCACGGCAAACCUAGAUCAAUCCAAUAUUCCGGCCAUCCAACCAGCCUUCAAAUAAAAACUGUGGAUAUAAAACUCAUUAAAUACUAUUAUAUAUAAACGAAAGCAAUCCAAAAACCACAAAAUUAUGGAAGUGCAAGUGGGAUGGCCAAAAUUGCUCAAAAUGGGCACCCAGCUGGUGGGCCACAAGAUUCAGCAGUUCCGGCUGGCGACAGGUCACACCGUGACAUUGGACACCAAGUACGGACAGGUUCGGGGACUCCAGCGGAAGACGGUGUACGACGAGGAACCCUACUUCGCCUUCGAGGGCAUACCGUAUGCCAAGCCACCGGUGGGCGAGCUCCGAUUCAGGGCUCCCCAGCCGGCGGAACCUUGGCAGGGAGUGCUCAACUGCACCACGUACCGAUCGAAGCCCCUGCAGAGGAACAUGCUCUUGGGGAUCGUGGAGGGCAGUGAGGAUUGCCUGCACCUAAAUGUUUAUGUGAAAACCCUGAAGUCGGAGAAGCCGCUGCCCGUCAUCGUGUGGAUAUAUGGAGGUGGCUUCCAGAAGGGCGAGGCCUCCAGGGAUAUCUACAGUCCCGAUUACUUCAUGAAGCAACCGGUGGUUUUCGUCUCCAUCAACUACAGGCUGGCAGCACUAGGUUUUCUCAGCCUUAAGGAUCCCAAGUUGGAUGUUCCAGGCAACGCAGGACUGAAGGACCAAGUGAUGGCCCUCCGCUGGAUCAGCCAGAACAUUGCCCACUUCAACGGCGACCCCAACAACAUCACUUUGAUGGGGGAAAGUGCCGGGGCAGCCUCCGUCCACGUGAUGAUGACCACUGAACAGACACGCGGUCUCUUUCACAAGGCCAUCCUGCAAUCGGGCUGUGCCCUGAGCGAGUGGGCGGAGAGUCCGGAUCAUAACUGGGCCUUCCGGCUGGCGAAGAACUUGGGCUACAAGGGGGAAGAAAAGGAUGCGGAUGUGCUCGGAUUUCUCAGCACGAUUUCCGCUCGACAGAUUGCGGCCAUUGACCAGGACGUAAUCACGCAGGACGAGAUACGGAGCUUCCUACUCUUCGCCUUUGGGCCGGUGGUGGAGCCCUAUGAGAGCGACCACUGCGUGGUGCCCAGGAUGCACAAGGAACUGUUGGCCGAGGCCUGGGGCAACGAUAUACCCAUCAUCAUGGGUGGAAAUUCCUUCGAGGGCCUGUUUUCCUACCAAGUGCUGCGAAGUGAUCCGUGGUGCAUGAGGAACUUCCACAACAUCCUGCCGCGGGAAGUCAGGCAAUCCAGCAGUCUGGAGGAGCAGGACCUUCUGGUUCGACGGCUGAAGAAGCUUUAUUUCAACAACGAGAUGCAGGAAGCGAUGGGGAUGUUUGAGGCUCUUAACAUAUUUUCCCAUCGCCAAAUUUGGCAUGAUCUGCACCGCCUGGUUCUCGCCCGUCAGCGCUACGCCCCCAACUCGGCCACCUACCUGUACCGCUUCGACUUCGACUCCCCGCACUUCAAUCAGUUCCGGCGACUGGUUUGCGGGGAUCGCAUUCGCGGAGUGGCCCAUGCGGAUGAGCUGUCGUAUCUCUUCUACAACAUCAUAGCCUCGAGGCAGCAGAGGUCGUCGAUGGAGUACAGGACCAUCGAGAGGAUGGUGGGCAUGUGGACGUCGUUUGCCUCCAGUGGGAAUCCCAACUGCCCGGAACUGGGAUCUGCCGAAUGGGAGCCAGUCCGUCUUUCAGGAAACGACGUGGAGCGGUGCUUUAACAUCAGCUCUGAGCUGGAAAUGCGGGAGUUGCCGGAGGCCGAGUUCAUGGACGUGUGGGAUUCAUUCUAUUACAAGGAGGCUCUCUACUAGACCUUAAAUUUGUGUAUCACUUGUGUGUGCAAAAUGAAUAGUUCUAAUGAUCGUUUUUAAACAGCUAUGCAUUCUUUUAAAAUUAUUAAAAAUCGCUUUAAUAUAAUUAGUUUCUUAAACGCCUCUUAAAUUGCCGUAUUGCCUAUUCUAAUUGCCCUAUCAUUUAUUUUUUUACAAAACAUUAUUGUUUACUGUUUUAAUUAUGUAUGUUUUUUUUAAUCGCCUUGCCAAAAAUAAAAAUACAUGAAUGAUUUGUAUUCGGUCAUAUUUUGAACUACCAAAUCUAUAAAUAUGAAAUUAGAGAUUAACACAUUACGUUUUCUAUUAUUUGUUCUAUAAAUAAAUGGUUAUUGGUUAUCUGGACCGAAAAAUGUACUAAUUUUUAAACCAAA